UGCAAUGACUGUGAUAUGGCAUUUGUGACCAGUGGUGAGCUUUCACGACACAGGCGUUACAAGCAUACUUUAGAAAAACCUUUCAAGUGUUCAGUGUGUAAAUAUUCUAGUGUAGAAGCAAGCAAAAUGAAACGACAUAUUCGCUCACAUACAGGAGAGCGUCCUUAUGCCUGUGACCUUUGCAGUUAUGCUAGCAAGGAUGCAUAUAAACUGAAAAGGCACAUGAUAACUCAUUCAGGUGAAAAACCGUAUGAAUGUUAUGUUUGCCAGGCCAAAUUCACUCAAAGUGGUACCAUGAAAAUCCAUAUGUUACAGAAGCAUGGAGAAAAUGUGCCAAAAUACCAGUGUCCACAUUGUAGUACCUUUAUUGCACGAAAAAGUGACUUGGGUAUCCACUUGCGAAAUCUGCAUUCCAACAUGGCAGUGGCAAUUAAAUGCAGUUACUGUGAAGCUGUUUUUCAUGAGCGCUAUGCUUUUACUCAGCACAAGAAGACUCAUAGAAAUGAAAAAACAUUCAAAUGUGAUCAGUGCAGCUACGCAUGUAAGCAGGAGCGACGCUUAAUUGUACAUAAACGAACCCAUUCUGCUGAGAAGCCCUUCGCUUGCUUGUGCUGCAGCAAAAGCUUUCAACAGAAGCAGCUUCUCACUCUUCACUUUAGGAAGAACCAUGACUCUAAUAUUAAGCCUAGAGUUUAUGAAUGCCCUAAAUGUGGUAAGGGCUAUUCACUCUGGAAUAAUAUGCAUAAGCAUGCUGAAAAUUGUGGAUUGGUGAGGGCAAAAACUGCUACACCCAGAAAAAGAAGCAAGGGCAAAAAUAAAACCCAUGAGAACCCAAAGCGUGUUAAGCAAGAAGGGUGA